AUGGUACAGUCCAUCAUUCCACUCGUCUCCGGAACACUGCACCCGCGGGCCGCCGAACCGGUGCGACAGCAGGAACCGCCUGCUCAGGCUCAGGCGCAGCCCCUGGAGCUUCCCACUUUGCCUCAGGUUCCAUCGUCCCCACUCAGGGAUCGAGUGAUGGUGGACCAGAGAGGCCACACCCAACCCGAGGCCUUUCCUUUGGCCUCGAUGGACUCCCUGCGAGCUCAGUUGCUCCUCGUCAGUCAACGGCUUGACGAGGUUCAAAAGGAGGUCCGCAGGUCAAGAGGAGAGCUUGGGGAGGAUGUACAUCAGGGGUCCCCUUUCGUCCCCGAAAUACGGGAUCAAACAGUCCCACAGAACUUUCGUCUCCCCUCUCUGGACACAUACGAUGGCUCCACCGACCCAGCGGAUCAUGUAGCUGCCUUCCGCACCCAAAUGGCACUGUAUGGAACUUCUGACGCUCUGAUGUGCAGGGCGUUCCCCACUACACUAAGAGGACCAGCCCGCACUUGGUACGGAGGCCUGAGGACCGGAACGGUCGCAUCGUUCGACCAACUCGCUAGAGAUUUCGAGCUCAACUUCUUAACCAGCGCACGGCCGAAACCGUCCGCCGCCUUGCUUCUCGGGCUACAUCAGAGGGAGGAUGAGUCCCUCUCCCACUUCGUGAACCGUUUUGCCACGCAGAUCUGGGGAUUAUCCGACACUCACCCCUCUCUGUUGAUGCAGGCGUUCAUGGAGGGACUGCGACCUCCCCGAUUCUUCUGGUCCCUCAUUGAGAGACCCCCCUCCGCGGUACCCGAGAUGCUUCAGCGGGCGAACCAGUUCGUCGCGGCAGAGGCUUGGAUGGCCGGAAAGCAGGAAAAGCACACAAGGGUUAGACCGGAGCCGGCCCGUGGGCAGCAACCUGCCGCGAUAAGGCGCAAGCUGGACCAACCCAACCUGCCCGCUCCGAGGCCUCCUCUGCCCCCUCUAGGCGCGUCCCGAACGGAGAUAUUUCUCCAGAUAAAGGAGAGAGGGUUGCUCAGGGCGCCCGUUCCGAUGAAAAACCCACGAGAGCUCGCCGACCAAUCCAAGCAUUGCCGCUUUCACAGGCAAAAUGGACACGACACCGAAGACUGCCGCGAACUGAAAUGGCAGAUCGAGGAGCUUGCCCGCGGGGGUCACCUCACUCGGUAUGUCCGACGUAACGGGGAGCUCUCGCCGCUCCCGAAGGGCCCCGUGGAGCGCCACAUUGAUGUCAUCACUGGAGGACCGGUGGCUGGGGUAACCAGUAUGUCCGGGAGAAAGGCAUACGCCCGUUCCGCCGGGAUGGACGCUCCCCAACAUGGCCCCGACCCCAAGGUCGCAUUCCCCCCCAAGGACGCCAAGUCACUGGAGCACGACGACACGCUUGUGAUAAUGGCUCGAAUCGCUAACGCCCAGGUGAGGAGAAUUAUGAUCGACACCGGGAGCUCAGCCGACGUGCUCUAUCUGGAUGCCUUCCGAAAGUUGGGGUUAGCCAAAGAAUCCCUAAAACCUAUCUGCUCGGCGCUCACGGGAUUCACAAGCGAUUCAGUCUCACCAUUGGGGACUGUUACCUUGCCCCUCACCCUGGGAGCGCCGCCCAGAACAAAGACGGUGAUGUCCACCUUCUUGGUGGUAGAUCUUCCUGCUGCCUACAAUGCCAUCCUCGGCCACCCCACCCUCAACAAAGUUAGAGCUAUAGUUUCCAUCUAUCACCAAACGGUGAAGUUUCCUACCCUCACCGGGACAGGGGAAGUUUGGGGAAGUACCCGAGAGUCCAGACGAUGCUAUCUGACGGCGGUCUCGCUGCACAAAAGAGCAAGGACCGACCAACCUCCAGAAGACCCGAGAGAAGAGAAGCGGCCGACACCACACCUGGAGUCGAUAGCGCCCACUUGUGACAUGCCUUUGAUAGAGGAUCGCCCGGACCGGACGGUCCAGGUCGGGUUGGAACUCCCUGGGCAAGAACGAGAGUAG